AUGAAUGUAAACGACGAUCAAACAUUAAAACAUGGAAGACGACUAUCGCCUGACCUAUCGUCGAUGGAUGAAAUACGAGGUAUUAGACGGCCAACAGAAAUACCGGAUUACGGUUUAUUGAAUGACCUACUUUGGUCAGAUCCUUCAGAAACAGCAAUUGAUUGGGAGGAUAAUGAACGUGGUGUCAGUUAUUGCUUCGGAAAAGCAAUAAUCCACGAUUUUCUAAAUCGACAUGACUUUGAUUUGGUAUGUCGUGCUCACAUGGUUGUAGAAGAUUUCUCAGCUUCUGACAUUUCAUGUAUAGUUUCUCCCGCCUGGACAUGGAUAAAAGAAAGUGGAGCGACACCUACAGAAAUCAGCCCAUCUUAG